AUGUGCCUUCGUGGCGCUUCUACCCCUUCUUUCUCUUCUGCUAAUGGUACUUGGUGUCCGGAAUUCUAUCCUACACGUACUGAGUUCCAGUCAUUUACUACCUACAUUCGUACAGUCGUCGAGCCACAAUGUGCCAGUAUUGGUCUUUGUAAGAUAAUUCCACCGCGUGGUUGGUUCAGUCGUUCCUAUGACGUCUCGGAACUAGAUUGUCACGUUUCCGCUCCUGUUUGUCAGCAUGUUGCUGGUAAAAAGGGUAUUUUUAAUGUGGAUCUAGUAGAGAAGAGAACUAUGAGUCCAUUGGAGUUUAAAACCAUGACAGAGAGUGCGACGGAGAAAGAACCGGAAGGUGAUCCAUUGGAAAUUGAAAGAAAGUUUUGGAAAGGACUGCGAGGAACAAUGGAUCCACCAAUUUAUGGAGCAGAUAUUGUAGCUUCACUGUUUGGCGAUGCAGCUGCAUCAUCAUGGAAUUUAAAUCAUCUUCAUACUAUUCUACGUAAAAUUGAUCUUCCUGGCGUAACGCAAGCGAUGUUGUAUUUUGGCAUGUGGAGAGCAAUGUUUGCAUUCCAUACGGAAGACAUGGAUUUAUACAGCAUUAAUUACUUGCACACAGGAAAGCCCAAGUUUUGGUAUGGUGUUCCUCCUGAUGCUGCCUCGCAGCUAGAGAGAGCUGCGCAGUCAAUGUUUCCCGAGAAGUAUCACGAAUGCCACCAGUUCCUACGUCACAAGACGUCCAUGAUUUCGCCCACCAGGUUGAGAGAGUUUGGUGUACCAUUUUAUCGGGCAUAUCAGAAACCAGGCGAGUUUGUGAUAACCUUUCCAGCAACAUAUCACCAGGGAUUCAAUUUUGGUUUUAACAUCGCCGAAGCUGUUAACUUUGCGACGCUGCAUUGGGUUCCAUAUGGAUUGAGAGCUAAGGUUUGCAAGUGUCUGCCUGACAGUGUAAGGAUUGAUAUGGAUUCUUUCCUUACCCAGCUGUUUGAAGAGCCUCCGUGUAGCCCGGAACUCUUGGGUGAAGACCCGUGGAUCUUUAGCUGCAAGUGCAACAAGUAUUGCAGCAGUAGCAGCCCUCAAGCUGUAAUAGAGGAACAAUGGUUUGAAUGUUCGAAGUGCAAAAUAUGGGCCCAUGUUCGUUGUAUUCACCCUGAUCUCGCUGCAAUGGCAGCUGAUGAUCUGCCUCAGUCGCUACUGUGUCAUCGUUGUGUCACUUGGGAAACUGGACGAACCCCGUGCGCUUUGUCUAGUGGCAGAGCUGGGCGUCGAAGUGGCACCGCGUUAAAGAGUGCGACCCAUGGCAGUCUGAAGCGAAAAAAAGAAGUCAUGGUUAGCUCCAAGAAGAAACAAUCGGCCAAAGUUCCAGCUUCUGCAUUCAAGUUGUCACCAUUAAAGAAGAAGAAUAAAGUCACGUCAAAGGUUAAUCAAGCUCGUGCAACGACACCUACAAGUGUAUCAAAGGAUGGAGGUGCUGUUUGCAAGUAUCUAACGAUUAAAGGUUCGACAAUUCGUUUUGAGGACACUGAGGCCAAAGUUGUGGCAGUGGAAGGCAAGUUUAUUCGUGUACAUUACAAGGGCGAGUCUGUAGAUAAUGACGAAUGGCUACCAAUAAAUUCGAGGGAAUUACGACGACGAAUUGUAGCAGUGGAACCGCCCAAAUUAAAAGAUUUGCGAUAA